AAUUGAUACAGCUAUCUCAAUAUUACUAAGUUCUAACCUGUAAGCUGGUCCAACUUUGUCUAGAACAUAUGCGAAAUAGUAAACAUUACGCAACCAACCCGUUUACAAACAAUUUGUAUAAAUUGCAUUUUAGUAUCAAAUCGUCACAUUUGUCUUCAAUUGGUUGUUAGAAUGGUUUUGAGCUUAUUCCUUGCGUUUGGGAUUCUGUCAGUUGCAGCAGGAUGUGGGACACCUAAGUUUCAACAAGGUAGAGUAAUUGCUGGAACAACACCAAUACGAGGAUCAUGGCCAUGGCAAGUACUUAUGUUAACAAACGGAAGACCAGGCUGCGGAGGAACACUCAUUGCUCCAAACUGGGUACUCACCGCUGCUCAUUGCGUUCAUCAAACAUCCGCUCAACAACAUGUCUUACGAGCUGGUGAACACAAUGUAAAUAUUAGAGAAGGAUCUGAAGAAGAUAUUCCAGCAGCUGCAUUGUUUACUCAUCACUUAUACAAUCCAAGAACUAUGGAUAACGAUAUUGCUUUAAUAAAACUAUCAAGAUCCUUUAAAGCUAGUGAUCAUGUUUCCACUGCAUGCUUACCAAGUUCUGAAGCUCCUGCAGGAACAUCAUGUUAUAUUACUGGUUGGGGAAAAAUUGCACAUCCAGGACAAAUGACACACCUGCUUCAACAAGGAAGAAUGAAUACUGUUGAUAGACGCACUUGCCACAAUCUUAAUAUAAGAAACAUACCUUUCCCAAUUACAAAUGCCAUGGUGUGCGCCGGAGAUGGUGGAAGAAGUCGCAUGUCUGGAUGUCAUGGUGACAGUGGCGGUCCAUUUGUUUGUAAUAGAGGUGGUAGAUGGGAGGUUCACGGAGCAGUUAGCCACGGAUCUAGUGACUGUCGAUCAGAUAAAACUUAUACUGUGUUUGCAAAUGUUCAUUACUUUAAAUCAUGGAUCGAGAGUACUAUGAGAAGAUGAAUGCAAUUUUAAUUAAUUAUAUUCAUUAUAAAGAUAGUUGAAUUGCUAUUGUAUUGUUUAUAUAAAACAAAUAAAAUAUAAAAGUUAUUGAAAAA